CAAAUGGCCCAAAGCAGUAUUUGUAUUGAGAGCUCAUUGUUUUCAUGUUUAUUCGUGUUUUUGCCGCUCGCUGAAUUUCACAAAAUUUUCUUCACAGGACGUUUUGGUUGGAACAUUGGUUUCUACAACGAUUUUUAUUGGAAAAAUUUUUACCGAAAGACAAUCCGAACAAUAAAAAUGAGUCAGUGGACCGUUAACGAUGGUAUCGAAGAUGUCGACGAUGAUUUGCUUUCUUCCCCUACGAUUGGCGGUCGUGAAGGAACAAUUUAUCUGAUUGACGUUGCAAUUAUGGAAAAUGUUGAACAAUUUCAACUGUGCCUGGAUUGCAUUGAAGCCGAUCUCCUGAAGCGCAUUCUGAUAAACGCUCGAGAUUUGGUUUCGGUCGUAUUUUACAACACACAACACAGCCCACCACCAAGUGCAACACUUGGUGACGAUGAAGAUAUGUCAACCGUUGUGCCAUCAAACUGCGCAGUAUUCAUUCCGCUCAAACCGCUCAGCAAGGAUUUGAUACGGUACUUCAAGAGCUUCAGUGCAUCCGAUGACUUCUUCAACUUUGGCCAACAAUACGGUUCAUCAGGUGGAAGUUGCUUCAGCGAAGCACUUUGGCUUUGCUCGCGUUUGGUUAUUCGUUGCAACUACCGCUUGAUCAAUGCGCAAAUUGUUUUAUUCACAAACAAUGAAAUCCCACACAUGCCUGGCACGGAAGAAUACAAUCUGGCAUUUGUUCGUGCAGAUGAUUUGAAGGAGAACAACAUCUUGGUUGAUUUGGUGCCUUUGGUCGACGGUGACUUUGAUUUUGAACCAUUCUUCAAAGAAUUUCUGUGUAUCGUUGACGAUAUGGAACAGGAACAGUUUGAAUAUGACCAACCGAUGGAUCAACAAUUCAAAUAUUUGAACCGCAUAAAUUCUGCCAACUAUCGAAAGUCUUGUUUGCGUCACAUGAUUUUUGAGCUCUCUGAAGACUUAUCGUUGUCAUGUGAUGUAUACAGUUUGACACGCAACGCAAAGAAGCCAAACGCGGUUAAAAUGUUCGGCGAAAACAAGCAAGUAGUCGUUGGCAAACGGUCCCAUUAUGCUAACGUACGCAGUCAAGACAACCAAGAAGAUGAUGAAGUGAACGUUACACACAAGGUGCUCACCAGUCAACUAUACAAAAGCCAGCAGAUAUGUGGAAAGGAAAUCUUGUUCAGCCCAGAGGAAUUAAUCGCAAUGAAAACGAUCCAGAACACAGGUCUACGCCUGCUCGGUUUCAAACCGAUCGAACAUCUUCAACCACGUUGGAUGAUCAAGCACUGCUUGUUCAUGUACCCGAACGAUAAACGAAUCAAUGGCUCAACAACAUUGUUACGCACACUCUGGCAAACAUGUUUGGACAAAGGAAAAUACGCUCUGUGUGCCUUAACAAUGCGACGUUUCACCCCCCCAAAAUUUGUUGCUUUGGUGCCACAAACCGCUGACAAAAGUGGAAAUGAUGGCUUUCGUAUAGUUUUCAUGCCGGUCGAGACAAAUAUUGGGGCACUUGAUGCAAUUGUGAAGCCAAUGCCUGCACCAACUCCUGAACAAGUGGAUCUGUUUGAAAAGUUGUGCAAAAAAUUGCGAUUCAAGAACGGAUAUGACGUCCAGUUAUUUUGCAACCCUUCUCUUCAGUCAUUCAAUACCAAUCUUGAAUCAACAGUUUACGAUGAAGAAGCGAAAUAUGUCGAAGACUUGACAUUGCCCAAACUGCAGCAUCAAGAUGACAAAGUGGCACCAUUUCUUGAUCAGAUUGAACUAGAAUUUGGAUCGGAGGAUGUUGGACCACGACCAAAAGCCGCAAAGAAAGACAUCUCAUCGAAUGAUUUUGAGGCAGCCAUUCGAAAUGGACAGAUGAAUGCUGUCACUGUGGAUCAGCUCAAAGAUUUCAUUCGCAGCCGAAAAGGAAACCUACCGCCAAGAGCUGUCAAGAAAGACUUGUUCGAACAGGCUACAAAGCUGAUCAAUUGAACGAAAAACAAACUGAUGGAUACUGAUUUAUCGCAGAUGAAACAAAAGACUUUAAAUAAGAUUCAAUUAAACACAAUUUGUUCUUCUUUUUUUGAAAUAAUACUCAAUAGAGCAGUUUCGUAGAGACCAUUAUCGAAAAUGUACUUUUCCCAAUGAAAUAAAUAAUUAAGAUUUUUCGGAUUAAA